CUCAGCCUGCCCCCCCCGCCCCCCCCCACGGCGCGCGCGGCGCCGGCCCCGCUGGCGCCUGGAAGGGACCGCGGCGACCCCUCCGAGCCUCCUCCUCCUCCUCCUGCUGCUGCUGCCGCCUUCGUCCAUCCUUCCUCCGAGCCGCCGGGGGACAGCCCAGGUGAUCCGCCGCUGGGGAAGACAGGGGUUAAAAUGAAUGAAGAUCUGAAGGUUAAUUUGAGCUGGCUGCCUCAGGAUCAUGUAGAAGCCAGCUCUACAGAGAAUGCCUCAUCUGCAGGCUCCUCCCUGGUUCCUGCCGUAGACCCUGAGCCAGAGCUUUUGGUAAACCCCUGGGACAUUGUCUUGUGUACUUCAGGGACCCUUAUCUCCUGCGAAAAUGCCAUUGUGGUUCUGAUCAUUUUCCAUAAUCCCAGUCUUCGCGCCCCCAUGUUCCUCCUGAUAGGCAGCCUGGCGCUGGCAGAUCUCUUAGCAGGCAUUGGAUUGAUCAUCAAUUUUGUUUUUGCCUACCUUCUGCAGUCAGAAGCUACGAAACUGGUUACGAUUGGACUGAUUGUUGCCUCUUUCUCAGCAUCUGUUGGCAGCUUGCUGGCCAUCACUGUUGAUCGUUACCUCUCCCUGUAUUAUGCUCUGACUUACAAUUCAGAGAGGACUGUCACUUUUACCUAUGUCAUGCUUGUAUUGCUCUGGGGAGCAUCUAUCUGUAUUGGACUGCUGCCUGUAAUGGGCUGGAACUGCCUCAGAGAUGAAUCCACCUGCAGUGUUAUCAGACCACUCACUAAAAAUAAUGCAGCUGUCCUCUCGGUCUCUUUCUUGCUUAUGUUUGCCCUCAUGCUGCAGCUCUACAUCCAGAUCUGUAAAAUCGUGAUGCGCCAUGCCCAUCAGAUUGCCUUGCAACACCAUUUCCUGGCCACUUCUCACUAUGUGACCACCCGAAAAGGAGUGUCUACUUUGGCCAUUAUUUUGGGGACCUUUGCUGCUUGCUGGAUGCCUUUUACGCUCUAUUCUUUAAUAGCAGAUUACACCUAUCCUUCUAUAUAUACCUAUGCCACCCUCCUGCCAGCUACCUACAAUUCCAUCAUCAAUCCUGUCAUAUAUGCUUUUAGAAACCAGGAGAUACAGAAAGCACUUUGGCUCGUCUGUUGUGGCUGUAUUCCUUCUAACCUGUCUCAGAGGGCAAGAUCACCCAGUGAUGUCUGAUUGGCAGCCACGAGGACGCUCCUUAACGUGUUACUUUCCAGACAUUCUGUCUUUGGUUUAGAUGCAUUCAUUAAAUGGUGUGUGAUGGGUUCACAUAAAAACCACAGGAUGGACUGACCUUUUUGUAAACAGAGAAAACCCCAGCGACCGAAAUCAAUCGAGCGGUUUAAGGAAGAUUUCCAAAAUCAAAAUAAUCAGUGUUCUUAACAGAUUUAUAAUGUUGCUCAGGGUCUUUUUGUCAUAUUACCCAGACUUUGCCAUGUUUGCCAUGAUUUUACAUUAAGUUUUCUAAUUAAAAUUAGAUUGAAACAGCACACUUCUUUAAAAUUGUUUAUGUGAUUGAAUUUAGUCAUACUGCAUGUUACAAUCUGUUGUUUGGAUAUUUUUUCCUCUUUAUUUUUUUUUUUAAACAGAAAAAAACCCCAAACCAAGUCCUGUAACCCCAUCUGUAUAUCAUCAGAACACUCUUCAAAAUAAUGGCCAAUUGUACUGAUUUAUAUGGAAUUCAUUGUAAUAAUAUCAGUGCAACGAAUUUGCUCGAAGUGAGAAAGUACUCAUGCAGCUUUUUAUUUUACAUCUCAGCAUGAAUUAGGUUGACAGUUGUUUUCAAGAGUUACCUGUUCUCUCAUGUGUUCUGGCUGGAUGCUAAAGCAAGAGAUGUGCAUUGCUUUCCUUUUCAAAAAUCAGACAUGCGUUUUCCCUUGCAUGUGGGACAUUGGAGCUGUGCUGUUGAUUUUAAAACUGAUGGGGGUAUCUUUGAAAUUGACGAAACAAUAUGGCCUCUUUCAGCUAUGCGUUUGUAAUAGAUUGAAAACUAGGUUUCUCAGACAAGUUUAUCUUUUCAGAACAGUAUGAGAAAAACAAUGUAUAGAUUGCUCACAGCACAUAUUUAGCACUACAUCAAAUGGUUCCCCUACAUUUUUUUACCAAGUCAAUACUAUUACCAUUUGUUUUCGCUGUUCUCUGAUGUAAUUUUAAAUACCAACAUUUAUAAAUUCUCAAAGCAUAUCUGGUUCAUAAUUAUAUGCAACCAGGACUGCAAGAUGAAACAGUGUUUUCUCCUUUUCUGGCAGUUUCAUUUUUUGCACUGUACACAUGUCUGUUCACUUCAUUAUAGGACUUCAUUAUAGUUCUGGUCUAGAAAGCAGAGCUUCCUCUCGUGAAUGGUUAAAUUUCAAACUGCUUCUAACCUUCCACUGAAGCCACAUUAAAAUGCACUAGAAAUAAAGCAUUUUUUUCCUGAUUUGAAGACUACUCGAUUGUCAGAGAGAAAAUCUUCCCUGGCACCUGUCUUCAUGAAACUUAUGGUGUACCCUCGUGUCAGCACAUGGGAGUUCAGAGCACUGCUUCCAUUAGUGCUGAUGGGAACUCAAGGUGUUCAUGCCCUGGCAUCAGCAGGAGGUUAUACUCCCUUGAAUGUCAAAGUCAGCAUAUUGUAUUGUUGCUUCAAUACCUUCCAUCUGAAAAAAAAAAUUCCAAGACUCAAGUGUAAAAAUAGCAAUAUUUACAGUUUGAUGAAAAAAUAUACCUGUGUAGUAGAGGUAGUAGAGACAACUGUGCUGCUGGUCUGGAUUUUUCCAAAUGGAAUCUGUCCUUUCCACGUGGAAGUUUGGAUGACUGUAGCUUUUUGUGGCAAAGUUUCUGUGACGUUAAGAAUCAUAUGCUAUACACAAAGCUGAAUCUCAAAUGUGAGUUGUCUGUAAACAAGGCUCUGUAGAGAUUUUUAUGAGCAAUAAUUAAUUUUGGUUGCAAUGCUGGGUUUAAAUUCCAUUAUUUAUUUGGUUCAACCUUCAUGAUAUUUGGUUCUUAUUUGGUAAUCUGAUUAGUUUAAUGAUAAUUGCAUGGCAUGACCCAGUAGGGCUGUGAAUUUGAAGUUCCCCUGGCUUCCCUGUGAUUUACAGAUGCUCAGCAAGUUAGACUAUGACCUCUGCUCAGUGUAGGGUAUCAGUGUUCUUUAUCUACAUAUGAAUGUUACUGAAACUCUAGUCAUUGAAUUUUCUUACAAUUUUUGUAUAGGAAAUACUUACUUCAUAAAUAUCCAUGAUACCUAUGUGUGCAGUUUCGCAAGUAUGCAAACUAUUGGGAAAUAAUGGCAGUAAAAGUCAUGAGAUGAAUAAUGUAGAGAGGCUGAAUCAUGUAGGAUGGCACUUUAAAAAAAAAAAAAAGUUAAAGUCAUGCAAACUUUGCUCUCCCUGCUUUUUCCCUUGUUUCUUUUUCUGUAUCAAAUUGCUAAAAGUAUGAUGAAGA